AUGGCGAGUCAACUCCCUCGAAUAUUCUCUCGGCGUUUCUGCCAGCCAUUGGCCCCUUUAUUAAAACCUGCCUCUCCAAUACUCCGAAAUCUACGAACGAAACCAGCCGGCAGACGUACCUAUGCAACGGGGGAGAGUGGACCAACCCCAAGACCAGGACAGAGCCCAUUUAAAGUAUGGCCGUUCAUCGCAAUCACGUUGGCAGGAUCGGGUGCCUAUAUUCUGAUGGUUCGGAGUCGAGCAGACAUGGCGCCCACAACAGAUCUUCUGAAAGCCCCUAAGAAGGACACGCCUGUAUUCUCACCCGAAAAUGUAACUGUACUCUUCGUGCUCGGCGGGCCAGGCGCAGGAAAGGGAACCCAAUGCGCCAACCUCGUUCGCGAUUACGGCUUCACUCACUUAUCAGCUGGCGACCUCCUGCGUGCAGAGCAGGAGCGCGAAGGCUCGGAGUUCGGUGAAAUGAUCAAGGAAUAUAUCCGCGAUGGCAAGAUCGUACCUAUGGAAGUCACCGUCCAGUUGCUUGAGAACGCCAUGACUGCGCAGGUUGAGAAGGAUAAGAGUGGGAAGGGGAAAUUCUUGAUUGAUGGGUUCCCAAGGAAGAUGGACCAGGCGAUCAAGUUUGAAGAGACUGUUUGCCCGUCCAAAUUUGUGCUCUUCUUCGAUUGCACAGAGGAGGAAAUGCAAAAGAGAUUGUUGGAGAGAGGCAAGACUAGCGGGCGUGCCGAUGACAAUGCUGAAAGCAUCAUGAAAAGGUUCAAGACGUUCGUAGAGACGAGCAUGCCGGUUGUAGACUACUUCGAGAAACAAGGCCGGGUGGUAAAGGUGAUCGCAACACAGACGCCGGAGGCCGUGUACAAAGAGACGAGAGGGAAACUAGAGCAGCGGUUGGGAAAGGAGUUUUAG